CCUGCCAAAGCUCAAAACUUCAUUGCCCUUUUCUCACGAUGGUCGUGCGGUUGAGCGCGUUGUUUUGUGGUGUGUGUAUGAUGCUCUGGACUUGAUAAGUGAACAUGUGACGCGCGACAUGCCAUAAGUGUACAGAGCCAAGCAAUAUGCUGCUGGGAGGCGGCGUGAGGAUGCGGACAACCAAGAAGUUGCUGCUUGUGCUAACCCUGUCGGGUGCUGCACUGACGCUGCUCUCCUACCUGGCCCGCUGCAGCACACGCAGUCCCCUCAGCGUGGCCGAGCCACUUCUCAUGCAGGCAAACACGAGCGGAGGCAUCAGCUUGGGAGCCAGGGGUAAGGCACACCUAGCACAGGAAAUCAAGUGUGUCAUAAAUGACGACUAUGCUGUGCCCUGUCGGAAGGAAGGACCAGAAGUGUAUGUUCCAUUCAGCUUCGUGCGCAAGUACUUUGAAGUGUAUGGCAAGAUUGCCUACCGGGACGGCAAGGAGGUGCUUGACUGGCAACACAGCUACUCCAAGGUUAUGGCACCGACCGCGCCGUACCACACGGAUGGGCCUUUCCUCUGGUUCGAGAACUACAAUGUGGCUGUCCGUGACCGGGUCAAAUGCAUCAGUGGAAUGGAAGGUGUACCCAUCUCAACGCAAUGGGACCCCAAGGGCCAUUUCUACCCUGUACAGAUUGCACAGUUUGGGUUGAGCCACUUCAGCAAGAACUUGACGGAGCCGCCGCCAUCUGUGGCUCUUCUCGAGAAUGGCGUGCGCAGCCAGCACGGCUCCUGGGUUGCCUCCUCAAGGCUCAAGGCAAGCUACUCGAGGCUCCGUGAUGACGAAACUGAGGGGCAUGUCUUCGAGUUUCGGACCAGUGGAACAGCUCAGGACCAAGGAGUGGCAUUUGCACUCAAGCAAGAGUGCUACAAUCUCACCCUGUCGGUUGACCUUCGGGUCAUUCUCAACGGCAGCCUCAGUGUAGUCCUCACUGCCGGCAGCACCGACAAGCCGUCCCUAUAUGGCGUCCACUACAUCAUGACCGACACUCACCUGGCUGUGGAUGACCAUGAUGUCUAUUAUGGGAUCGGUACCCAGCGCUCCUGGAUGCACCUCACUCGAGACUUGGCCGUUGACCUGGUCAAAGGGCUCAGCUUUGGGCAACGCAAGAUGGCCACCCGGCCUCGCAACCUUCGUGUUCACAGCAUUGUUCUCAGGGGCUAUGGCCUCGUAGACAACCUCACCCUGACCACCAGUGCACAUGAGGCCCACUUCUUUGAUUCGGCUGAGUGGCUCGUGCGACACCAAGAUGACACAGGUGGUUGGCCAAUUCAGGUGACACGCCGCCUCUCCAACGGCAUGCUGGAGCUGGAACCUGGCUGGUAUUCAGCUAUGGCCCAGGGCCAGGCCAUGUCGGUGCUGACACGUGCCUACCUGACAACAGGGCAGAGGCGUUAUCUGGAUGCUGCCCUGCAUGCCACAGCACCAUUCAAAGUGCGUGCCGAGACCCAUGGGGUCAUGACAACUUUCCUCGGCAAGUUUGUAUGGUACGAAGAGUACCCCACUGUACCUAGUUCAUUUGUGUUGAAUGGCUUUAUAUACUCGCUCUUUGGUCUCUAUGAUGUCAAGUCAACUUGUGGGGAUGGGGCGGGUUUGUUGGAGCGGUGUAGGGAUGCAGAAAAGCUUUUCAUUGAUGGGAUGGUUUCACUGAAGCGAAUGCUGCCACUGUUUGACACUGGCUCAGGAACAGUCUACGACCUGAGACACUUCUCGCUGGGUAUUGCGCCAAAUCUUGCUCGUUGGGACUAUCACACAACGCACAUCAACCAGCUGCUUUACUUGGCGACCAUAGAUGAUGAUACCAUCUUCAAGACUACAGCCGAUAGGUGGAUCCAGUACAUGAAAGGUUUUAGGGCACCACAUAACUGAACGGGUGUGACAACAAUCCUGCCACCAGUCCGAACUUGACAGGUCUUCGAGGACCACCUGCAAUUAGUUUUACAUUACUGAUGAUCGUGGUCAGUUGCCUUGACCCUGGCUAAAGAAACAUGGGCCAGUGUUUAACAAAUUCAAAUGCAAGCAAAGCAAUGGCCAUGGUUUCCACAUAAUUUCUGAUGCUGCAAAGAAAAGAAUUUGAUGUGUGGCAUCAUGGAAACCGACACUGCCUUUCGGAUAGCUGUCAUACAGAUGUUGUCAACUAUCAUCUGAAUGUUAUCAAAAGAAGUUUGGCGAUAUUUAUGCAUGCUUUUUUAUGGUGAAUUCCACUGGUCUUUCUGGAGGAGCUACCUGAAUCAUCCAGUAAGCACGCUAAUCAAUUUCUUAUUUUCAAGUUCAAAUCUGCAAUUGAGACACAAGAAGCUCUGCACUGUCUCUCUUUGUCAGUUAUCGCGCAACCAUUAUACUUAUGUUUCUUUCCACUACAUGUAGGCAUCAAGAGUAAGAGGGAGCAAUCCGUCUUGGAGUGAGUUGAUCUGAAAUGACCAGUGGAAAAUGCAAUUCUACUUGUAAGUAAGCAAAAAAGAAUAGCUUCGCUAUGCAGCAAAAAAAAAAUAAUAAAUAAAGUGCUCUAGAUUGACCAUUGGAAUUCGUCUUUCAUUAGGCGUUGGCUUGACAGACAGCACGAGAACGACACUCAUUUGCAUUGCGCUAAAACUGAAUGUUGUUGGCUGCCUUCCACAAUAUCGUGUGAUGCGUUUACUUGUUUCGGUGAACUGUGUUUGAAUAGUUGAGGAAUGGUUAGUGCUGACAAGAAGCAACAGUAGCUCAUGCUGCUCUUGAUUUUUUUAAGCCAUCUGUACUUCAAGGGAGUUAUCCUUGUUGGGAAAUUUCUUUUGGGGAAAAGUUGGUGGGAAAAAAUUGUGUUGAUUUUUUUAUUAGCUUUUUCGCUGCUUGGCCUGCAGUAAUAGAAAUUUUCACACUUCGGUUGCUUGAUCCAAAACCAUUCUGAAGCAGCAAUUAAUAAUUAGCAAUAGUAGAUAUGAGUUGAUGUACGGGAGACGCUGAUUAUUUGUUUGUAGCAACAUGCACAAGUUAGACAUGGCAAUUCAUAUGUUUUUUAUCUUUUUUGUGCAUUGUGUGAAUUCACUAUUCAAAGCAUACGGAUCACAAGCCCAAAUUCAUGCCUUAGUGUAAACCCAAUGGCAGUGUUCUUAAUAAGUUGUGCCCACCUUAAAGGUGUCCUCUCUCACUUUUUGACUAUGGUAUAGAAGCCAUAAGGCUCUUGAAAGAGUUUUUAGUUUCUAUGUCAAGUUUCCUCUUCCUUAAUUUUUACUAUUUUUACAUUGCCUUCCUGUGACUUAAAAGCUUUGCAAGCACACGAGAGCAAUGCUAAACACAUCUCUGGAAAGCCUUGGUACAUUUUAGUGCAUGUACGCCGUGUCAGUCCUGUCAUGUUAGGAUAAGGUCAUCUAAGGUUUCAAAUGCUUUAUUAUCUUGGCUUUUCUAAACCAUCACUGGAAACAGACCUAGCAAAAUGUCUUUGUGGAAUGUACUGACCAGACACUUCAGCUAAACUAGCUCAUCAGCCAUAUAUAGUUUUAGGUAUAUCUGACGAGGAAGACAGAAUCAUGGCCAUUUUGUUUGAACGAGAGCAGAACGCUGUUCUACUUUUCUUGGAUUGAGCAUUAACACAUUCCUCCAUGUGUCAAAUUGCAAGUUUGAAGGUAUUCUGAUGCAUUUUUAUAUAGUACUUUGCCCCAGCCAAGUGCCAUUCAGGUCACUAUGGCUAUUUCACACUUGUCAUUAGUGCGAGUAAUCACCAAGGUAUGCUCGCUCCACGAAGUGUCCACAUGGGUUCUAGUGUAUGUGUAUAUACAUAUGUACAUGUCUCAAACAUGUACUCAAAGCGUAGUUCGAUGAUCAUGUGGGCACAAUGAAAUGCCAUUGUCUUUCAUCAUUGUACUUCUGGCCUCGAGGCUGUUGCUAUAGCAGUUGAUGCAAGAUUGUUUGAUGGCCAGCAUUCUUGGCAGGAUGGGAAGAAGACAGCUGAUAUUAUAUAGCCUGAAAGAUGGUAAUUGGCUACUAUAAAUAUUUAAAGCUCUUUAAUGUUAGUUGCCUUCUUUUCCAUCUUUACUGCAGCGUAAAUCGAAAGAAUUGGAAUGAAGAAAGGGAAAGCUGCAAAAUUUCACGAGCAUUUGGACGAAGCAGUUUUGCUCGCUGGCAAGAGAAGAUUAGGUGCACAAGACAAAAAAAUUUAGCAAGCAUGUCCAUCAGGAGCCUGAUGCAACAAGACAGGUUGAUUGUUUCUAUUACAAUAAGUGCUGCAUGAACUCAGAUGCCUAGUUGGUUGUCUUGUAAGUUUUGCUUUAUGGACAGACUGAGUAUUUAUUGUCUUUAUUACAUGCAGCUUUUGUGUAAUGAUGAUGGAAUGCCUUGGCUAACCCACAUCCUCUUAAAGGGCCCCUCACCAGGUUUAGCCAUUGGAAACACACAAGUGCAAUGCAUAGACUAAGCUCCGACAAUUGCAUCUGCGAGGUAUACACUAAUGUGCGCCAUAAAUACAGCUGAAAAUCGAAAUGAAACCUGCGCACCUUUACUUUGGAGUAAGCCUCACUUCCCAACAAAGUGAUAUCACAUUGAAAACUCAUCCACGCCACACCAAAUACAUGCAAUGUGAUUGAGUAUAGCAUAUGGCUUCAGCAAAACAUCCAAUGCAGAAUGCACAAAAGCAUCUCUGGAAGUGGACUUCACAGCAAAAAAAAAGCAAGAAAAGGAAGAAAACUGGAAGUGUGGCUUGUUAUGUAAAAGUAGUAUAGUCCUUCAGCUCCAAUAUAGGAGAAAGCAGGGAAGGAAUGUCGCUUGUGAAUGCUUGGUGAGGCUAAAGAAGAGAGUAUCUGUGUUCGCAGUGAAGUUUCCCUUCUGGCAGCAUGUGUGACAUUUCAAUUUCCCCUAUCUCCUCUAAUAAUGAAUCGAUUUGGAAAAUUAUAAUGCUCCCUAGAUGACAUUUUACAACUUCCAUUGUAUAACCAAAAUUUUCUUAGUGCCUGGUAAAGGGUUCUUUAAGAGUUAGAAACAGUCAGAGACGAUCAUUUUGCUCGUCUGCUUGUAAAAGCUUAAAUGUCCACCUAAUAUUAUCAUGUCUGGGAAUUCAGGAUGCUUUCACAACAGCACAAUUUCAUUUAACCAUGUCGCUGCCAUGAUUGUGGCUACCAUAGCUGAGUGAAACUGUAGCUUUAAGCUUCACUCUUUAUAGAGAGAACCUAGAUCUUGGUACAUGUCAUGCACGUUGCCCAAUUGGCAUGAUGCUAGCUUGGCACUUGAAAGACAUUUUAUAGUCAAUGCCUUGAUGCAUCUUCAUUGAUGGACUUGCCGGUGCAUCAGUUCCUUGAUGCACUAAACCUUUACAUUUGAAUCUGCAAAGGCACAGUUGCAGCUGCUCAUAAUGAUUCAUGACGUCUUCAAUGGCCAUUAACUGUCAUGCUUGACUUCACCAUUCGCUGACAGUACUAACAUGCAAGGUGACAUCAGCGUCUUGCAUGAAUGCUUCGCAAGAGCCACUCCUACUGCCGUGUUAUUUAUUUAUUCAUUGUUGCUUACAGGUUGUUACUCCUAACGCGGUGUUCUUAUAGUAGUGGGAGCUUGUGCACUAGGCACAGCACUUCAAUGCGGUGAAGUUGAACAGGGCUGUUCAUUUCUCAUGCACUAGCUGCAUCAAACAAAGGCAUCAUUGUCAUCAUUUGUAGAAGACUUCAUGAAGGGCUACGUUUCAUGGCCAACAACUAAUCCAUUUCCUGUGUAACUGUUUGACGUUGCAAUAUUUAUGCUGUUUUGCUUAUCAGGCAGAAAAGGAUUCCAUUGCCACGUUUGGUAAUAGCGGGGGCCCCCAACAUGCUUUUUUUGUUUUUUGACGAGGUGAAAAUUGCGCCCUCGAUUGGUUUCUAAUGAUUUGUGAUAAAAGAUAGAAAAAAAAAUCUUGAGGCAAUCUCUCUGCAAAACAAUCGAUCGUAAAGAAAAAGUAAGAUAUCUGUUCUAUGCAUCAAACAUUGUGCGGGGGUCUUUUGCUCAUUUGCAGAGUACGCACAAAUACAUAUCUUUUUUUUUUUUCUGAUUCACUCCCUCAUCACCUAUGGACCUUAGUCUUCCUCAUCCCCAUUGCCAAUUUACAUUGUGGCCAUUAUGAAUUUCCCAAAAGCAGCAUGUCACAUGCAUGACACAGCACGAAGGGGAUCCCAAUGUCUGGUGGGUAGAAUGCAUCAUGAACUUGCAGGUUGCUGCUGCAAAGAUCCCAUGGCCCCUUGGUUAGCUUAAUUUUCCUGGCUUAUGCUUUCUUUGCCAUUUCCUGUUGAUAAGCGGCUUCAUUGAAGGCUUUACAAUCGGUUGCCUCAUUUGUCAAAAGUUUCACCCACUGUCCAAAACAUGUAAUUGGUGACAUGCUCUGCUUGUUGUUAUCAUGAGAAAUUGUCCACAGUUAGCUUCUGUCAUGUAGCAGUGCGCUGGGCUACCUCGCACCUCUCAGGCCCAAGGAUAUAUAUAUAUAUUUUUCACAGUGUUUCACAUAGUUGGAUUUCUCCAGUGGUGCAGUCGUCAACUUUGCCAAUCAUUUGUACCUCGCAUUUCUUUCUCUUCCAUUUGGCUGAUUCCUUGAUUAACUGCUGACUCCAUUCGAUUCACCAAGAUGUAUGUGGUACUUCUAUGGAAACUAUUGGCUUGCAUCGUAUGUGUACCUUUGAUUGCAAUGAAAGCUGUUCAUGUCACGUCAUACCUCAUCAUGAGGUGGCAGAAAACCAUCUCUAGACUGUACUCCAUGGCUAUGGAUUUAGCAGAGGCAGUUUGGAAUUCAUAGAUAAGGGUCGACAGCGCAUGGAAACUAGAUCUUUUUAGAGACUAUCUGGUUGUGUGGAGAGCUAAUGUGGCCUUAAAACCAGGGAACAGCCCUUUUUCUUUAAAUUGAAUGUGUCAGCUACUUCAUCGAAUGCUUUGCAGGCAGCUUAUGAUGUUGUUCACUGAUGAAUUGGUUUUGCAGUGAGACUUGCAGGUGUGGUACACCUGCGAAAUCAUGUGGACGUUGAUGGUCAUGGCUCCGUUUAUCGAUCGUCCUGUGUAGUUAACUACUCAGGCAAUGGCUCAUCAGUGUAUGUAUUACACUGUACAAGUUUCAUCCUCGGUUACAUUAUCAUUUGGUUAAAAAGUAAUGUAUAAUUCUUCAGCAUCAAUGUGAGUGAGAAACACUGAAACCACUCUAACACACCCACGCUAUGCAACCAAGAGAAAAAACACAUAAGCUUAUCUUGUGUUGAAAGGCCCUCUUUAGUAAAAACAAAAAGUGUUGGUGGAGACAGCCUAUAACGUAGAACAUUGCUCACACAUUUUUCAUGGGACCAUGAAAGAAGCAUGUCUUUCAAAAUGUUGGUAUGCUCUCAUGUGAAAGAUUAAUUUGAUUAAACCAAUAUUUAAUUGACCGAAAUGCUGUUUUUUGACAGCAAAGCAGUGUCAGAUGUUCUUGUGCCAGCAACGACGUGCUGGUACAGCUGACUUAUGACUGAAUGCUCCAAUUACUUCUGUUUAAUUAAUAACUGAACUGUUACAUCCCAUGCUCUUGGACAUUUGGUCUGCGACAAGGCAGGUACCUGUUGGUGAAAUAAAACAAGCACUCCGCAAAAAUGUAAAAGGACUAAAACUUGACAUUAUGGGGCCUGUACGGGUCCCUUUUUCAGAAUUGACAGCAAAAGCAAUGAAUGCUUGCCAGACAAGUUUCCCUCGAACUCUUGAUUAUUAUUGGGGAGGUGCCCAUUGCAAUGGCUGAGUGGCAAUACCAUUCUGCUUAGCAUGAGGUCACUGGUUCAAUUCAUGGCUGUGAUGGCCACACUUCAAAUAGGACAGAAUGCAAAUGUACUAGAGAUACUGCACCCAAGGUACCACCGUACCUUGUGUGCAGUACAUCCACUAAUUUCAGGUAAUCAAAAUAAACUAGGGCCCCCCACUACAAUGCCUUUCACAGCUUCAGUAGCUGUUGUGUUGCUUUGGGACAUGAAUCCCCACAAAUCAAUCAUAGCAUCUUGAUAGGUUGUUCAAGUAGACUAACAUGCAAAACAGGAUUCAAUUUUUGGGGGGACUCACACAUGCAACAGUGGGACUGAUAAUUCCGUCAAAAUGUUUAGCUUCAAGAGAAAGGGGGCUGCGACUGAGGAACUGUUCAACAUGUAUUUCUUUUGGGAGUCGUAUCAGUUUCAGUGCGUGCCAUCCAGCACAACCAGCAGAGGCAGACAUGAGAAAUGAAAUGUGUUGAUUGCACGCACUCCCUCAACAUUAUUUUUGCUUCACUUAGCUGUUGAGUGCAUUGUCAGCCCUGGCAGCAGGGGUAUAACUUUGGCAAAUACCUGCUGCUUGCUGUAAGUAGAAAUAUCACUAGGUGGUAUGUCGCACGAGAGUCAAAGUAUCACUACAAAAAUAUCGAUAGUGAGUACAUCUACUGCUGAGUGCCUGUCAGCUAUGUUCUUCUGUAUUCAGGCUUUCAGGCCAUAUAAAUGAAUGCAAAAGCUUCUUUGAUGUUGCCAUGCUUGAAAUGAGCAGCCCUUGUAUGAAUGCCCUGUACAUACCGACCUGCUGGUUUUGCUUCCAGUGCCAGCAGCUCCUCUCCGAGUCCUUGCUCGCACAUUUCACGUUUCUGAUCAGAGGAGAGAACAGUCUUCCAUGGGUGUGUGUGCGCAGGUCGGUUUUAUGCGCACACAGCGAGAUGUAGUAACCUCUGAAGUUUGCAUCUGAGUGAUGCAUCCAAAGGCCUCCAUGCAUGUAUGUGUGUGUCUGUGUGUGUAUCAAAGUUAAUGCCCUUCAUUACGUGGUUUUUAUUUUGUACUUCAUUCUGUGCAGUUGGGUCUGCAUGCUUGCUGUGCAUUCAUGCUAUAUCAAAGUGUCUCUAUGUGUCCUUGUUUCAUCAGCAGCCAAUCAAUUUUGCAGACACCAAGGGCGAGGUUAGUAUAUACGCAGUCAUGUCAAUGUCUUAGGGAAAACAGAAAGCAUGCGUCAAUGGUAGUCGCAUGUUAUCGUGCUUGCAUCGUUUUUGAGAUGCACUAAAGUUAGCUGUGUUUGAAGGGAGCGCAGCUGCUCAGCCAUUUUGCAUUCCAGCCAUUAGGGCACACCUUGAAUCUAAGCUGUAGCAAGCAUUAAAAUAGGAACCAUGAUCUGCCAAGAUUUCUGUAGUAUCUCGAGCAGCAUGUGUAAGUAAAAUUAGCACGACCAAGCUUGGUUAGGUAUUGUUACAUGCUGUAUAAAUUCACAAUUCCUAAAUAGUCUUGUUGUUGAAGGAGCACAUUUGAAAUGCAACAAUUAUUGCGUUAGAAACUUGUCUUUACCUCACUCUUAAAUGGCUGAUGUGAUUUCUUGUGACAGGCUCUUUAAUGUUAUUAUCUAACUCUCAUAAGACUUCAGGACAUCAUACUCAAAUGCGUGGACUCUAUAUGUAAUGGUUAAUCAUAAUUCUAUCUGGAGGACAGCGAAAAAAUGCAUUGCUGUCAUGAUAUAGUCUGCCAGAAAUAUUAUGUGUUUAGAUUUCUUGUAAGGUAGCCACUUAUACUUGUUUGGUUUUGUCACUAUGAGGCAACACUUCUUUCAAUAUCAAUCUUUUAAUGUCAAGUAUAACAACUGAGCUGUGUUACAUUCGGUAAAUGCACACGUAUUCCUUUUUUUGCCAAGUUUGCAGCUUUAUUGUUGUUUUAUCAUUAUGACACCAACACUGUUUUGCUGCAUGCUGUAUAGCAGGAGCUUCAAGCUUACCGCCUGCAUGCAUUUUUUUUUUAUCUUUGAAGAUGUCUCUCCAGGAGCAAUUUCCUGCUGUAAAUACUUUUUAGUCUGCAGCUGCAUUCAAUGUGGGGUACAUCUGGCAGGUCAUGAACUCAAAAAUCUUAGGCACAAUGACAGCUGCCAGCUGGCUUUACUACACUUUUUUUUAUGGACAUUGUAAACAUUUUUUGUGGAAUUGAGCUUGAAUCUAUUGCCGUACAGCUUGCCUGAGCAAGAAUGUCUGUUUGCCUUACAAGCCUUUAUUCUCAUGACACUUCUUUUCUUGCUAUCAAGAGACGGUCUAGGUUUUAUCUGAAAAGAGAGUGGAGAAGAGGAAGAAAGGUUACUGAUUUAUGGUUGGGGUCCAGCAUUUGCAUCCUGUCUUCUGAAUAUUUUGCCCAGCUUUUUUUUUAAUUCUGUAUGGCAAGGCAACUCAUGGUGCUGUGCUGCCGAGCUCGAGGUCGUGGGUUCUAUCCCGGCCGCAGUAGCCACAUUUCAAUUGGGCCUGAGCAAAAUUCCAAAACACUCGUGCACACUAAAAAAAAAACCACAGGUUGUCAAUCUUAAUCCAGUUCCUCACUGCAGCAUGCCUCAUAAUCAGAUCAUGGUUUUGGCACAUAAUACCCUAUAUUUAAUUUUCUUUUAUUCCUUCUUCUCAACAGCCUGCUUCCUCAUCUUCAUCCUUUGAUAGAGCUUAAUGUACAAUCACAAAGACAUCUCAUUUGCCUCUUGGAGUGAACUGCACAUCAGUAUUGUUUUAACCUCUAGCAUAUGAUUUUGUUGGCAUUGUUUGUAUUGAUAAUGUUAGCGAGCAAGCCUUUUUGUUGUUUUUAAUAUGUCCAUAUCUUGUUGCCUUUUUUUUGUUUUGUUAUCACACUGUUUACAUUUCUUGCUUCUGUCUUGCACAGGGUUGAUAAAUAACCAAAUCGUACUUUUACCGUUAUUACAUGAGACGUGUGUACAUCUUUUGAAGCGGUUUGCACUUUUGCAGUUCUGCACUUGGAUAGGGUACUGGUACUUUUUGAGUCUGCAGCAACUCCCCCAUUUCGUAGUCCUAGACACAGAAGGAACCUUUUUUUCAGAACUUGCUGUUGUGUGAAAAUGCACACCAUUGUGCGCUUAGUAUUUGUGCUUACUAGACUGUCUCUGGGCUGUGACAGGAAACUGCAUUGUUGUUGUUGUUUUGUUUGUUUUUUUCAUUUUAUUGCAUCAUCUAUAAUAAGAAAGCUCGAGUUACAAAAUGAUGUUGGUGCAGUAAUAUUCUGGCAUGACUAGAUGGGUAUGACUUUUCUUCCCCCUAAUGUUGCAUGAUUACAGGCAGUUUAUAACUACACGUAAUAGCUAGACAUACAUCGCCUUCUCAGAAUAGAGGAUGACAUUUCUAUUCUCCGUGCCCUUUAUUUUCUGCCUUUUCACCCUUCAUGAUAGUAUUUCCUUUUAUGCUUUUCUGUUGGUGUGCUUGUUAUGUAACCAGUAGAACAUGAUAAGAUUUAAAUGAAAGAGAAGCAUAUCAAAGCUCUUACAUGAGGCGAUGUUGGCUGCAUUAUCUUUUGUUUACAUGCCAUGUUUACUAGCAUUUGCCUGUAAGAAAAAGCACCAGAGGAGCUGCUGACUAGUGUUCUAAUAUUGUUGCCUCACUUUGUGAGUAUUCGGGAUCAGGACCUUGCAUAUCACAUCUCAUCAUUUUGCCUUCAAAUGUAUCAACGAACAAGAACAUGUUACGCCCUUGCAGCAUUGGGAUUCUUUUAUAAAUGUGCAUGUGUCGAAGUGUUCAGAUCACGGCUGUUUCAUGUGCUUCGAAGACUUCUGAAUGUACUAGAGAUACAGAAUGUUAACAGUGAGUUGAUAACACCCCAGUGUGGGGCACCUGUAAAAUGUUUGUUUUUCAGUUUGUUUGUGGCUCUUGUAAAUAUGCUUGUGUUUCAGCUAUGUAAGUACAUGCAUACUGUGGUCUAAAUUUUAGCAAUUUCAUUUGCCUUUCUUGGCAUUAAAUUAAUUUUUGCACAGUGUGUUUGUCGUCUGUUGAGAUUUCUGUUUAUUACUAGUGCCAUUUCCUCUUGCGCUAUAUGAAAUAGUCUUAUUUUAAAGCUUGUUAUUAACCUGGCUCUCUGUGAGUAAACAAAUUGUUGGAAUCGCAUCAAAGCCAUGUACUCAGGGUCAUAUCACAUAUGUCAGAUGCUUUUCAAGCAAGCCAUUUCCUUUUGCCCCUUCCUUUUUCCCUUUUUGUUUUUUGUUUUGUUGAGAUUGUUCUAAGCAUUUCUGUCUCACAUGGAGCUCUUUCUUGCUAUGGCAAGUUCAUUGUCAUUCACACUGUUCCUGAUACGAAGGCAUCAUGUUCACAAGUGACUUUCCCAUACUCUCGUUCUUGUGCACAUUAUUAUUAGUGAGCAUAGGAAUUGCAUGGCCGCAUUGUUUUACAUUAUUUUGCUCAUUAAAAUUUACAUUAAAGCUAGCAUUCACAUUUUCUACCACCACGCUGAUUGUGGUGCUUGGCUUGUACCGCUCUUUUGUCCAUGUAGUCUGCAUUCUUUCCAUUAGAUUACGGUUGUGGUUGCGGACAGUAAAUAUGCUGUUUUUAUUGAUUGUUUUCUAUUUAUAGCCAUAUUUAUUUUCGCUCGAAGGUGUUGUUCUUACAUUUGUGGUGGUAUUUCUCUCCGAUGUAAACUCUUGUGGGGGCCCCAGUGCUUGAAGAUAUUAAUGCACAGUUUUUUGUGACAAGUCACAGGAGACCAAGACAUCUCAAAGUGUGUGUGUGUGUGUGUGUGUGUGUGUGUGUGUGUGUGUGUGUGUGUGUGUGUAUAGUAGUAUAUUUGCUGUAAGGUUUGAGCUCAGGGGUAAGCAUAUUUGUAGACAUUUAUACUGCCAAUCCUAUUGUAGACAAAAUGCCUUGGGAUUGCAGAGAAUUUCUGCCUGCUGCAUAUUUGUGCUACAAAACUGCUUGUCAGACAUCAUUAGUAUUGAAGAUAUGAUCCAUUUAAGGACAAACAGAUUCAGAGUGUUUAUCUCGUUGUAUAGUUGCAGUGAGAUGCAAAACAGAAAUGUUUCACAAUUAAUUUCGCUGUAAGAAGUACUCUUUACAGACCAGAGCAGCUUCUUCUGUGUGUGUGUGUGUGUGUGUUUUUUGUUACCCUCUGUUGAAGAUGCGGGAAAUACAGUCUGUUGUAUUCACUGUUCCACUCAGUGCCAUUCGUCGAGUUCGUGAAAUUGAAACGUCACAUGCUCUUCCUGUGUGCUUGAUUCCCUGUUGCGUUCAAACAGCUGCAUGUAUGCUAAUGUUGUUAUGUGUUUCUUCAUUGGGAAUUGGCUUUCAUGGAAUAAUUUCACAAAUACUUGUCACUGGAAAAAUUAAAAAGCAAAUCAUACCAUUAUAGCGCAGUGCUUUAGCUCCUAAUUUGUCCUGUAGUAACACAUACUGUUUGGGGCUUUCAAGAUUUUUACCUAUUGGCCUAUUUAUCACUGCUUACUGCUUGAAAGGCACUUUUGGCACCCAUAAGAAAUGUAAUGAAAGUGUCGAAGUUGGUGAAAUUUCUAAGGUGUCAGCACCAUUGUAUAGAUGUCUGCUUUAUUUUUUCCCUUCCUAAGUGUGUUUAAGUGGUUUGGUAAUGUUGCUUUUUCUUUUUUUCUUGUGCAUCCUUAGCCAGAACCCCGUGUAAGCUAGCUAGUGGAGCUUCGGAAAUUCAUAACUAGAACAAAUGCUCAGCAUUUGGUCCUUCAGUUGUGCUUACUUUUGAUGGUGGUCAUGUAUUUAAAAGUGACUGCUUACACUGGUCCGAGACUAUGGCAGGUUGUUUUAGAAAACUAAGGAGGUUUUUGUUAAACUUUGCUGGACAGAUGUGUCUAUGGAUAUUUCGGGAAAUAAAUGGUUGUGGAAAAGUG